AUGUGGGAUUCUCUAAGUGCUCUUUUGGAGUGCAAGAAGUUGAGUACCUUGGACAUACAAUAUCGGGCUCCGAGUUGGCAAUGGAUCAAGACGUUUGUAAAAGGGUAUGCUCAAAUAGUUGCUCCAUUGACAGAGUUAUUGAAGAAAUAUGCAUUCCUUUGGAUAGACAGUGCCACUACUACUUUUGUUGUGCUUAAGCACGCCAUAACAUCUUCACCGAUUUUAGCAAUACCCAACUUUAAGGAACCAUUUGUGCUUGAAACCGAUGCUUCAGAAACAAGCUACGUCCAUACUCGAGCUCUCGCUCAGGCGGAGAACUCUCGUUUGAGCAAGGUGACAUCUCGCUCAGGUGAGAGGAGCUCGCCUAAGCGAGAAUGCGUGGGAACCUUGGCAUGUCGUUGCAGUUUUAGCCCAGACAAGGGGUGGCCUCGCUCAGGUGAGGAGGGCUCGCCUAAGAGAGAACUAGCGAGUCUGGCAGGGCUCUUUGUUGACAGUCUCGCCUAA